AGAGUUUGAACAGCGAGUCAAACGCCACCGCCGAGAGAGGAAGCGGGCGUGGGGGAAGAAGAAGAAGAAGAAGAAGAGGAAGGAGAUGGAGGAAUCGAUGAGAGAGUGCAUGAGGAAGCUCGCCCUCUGGCACACCCGCACCUUCAAGCCCAUCAUGACCCACGACGAGCUCGAGCCCAUCAUGGCCACCCUCGGCUUCCUCGGCCUGCCCCCCUCCGCCUCCCCCGGCGGCUCCCUCGCCUGGAAGGAGUACGCCCACUCCUCCUCCUCCUCCUCCGCCUCCUCCGGCGGCGGCGGCAGGGCGAGGCCGCGGCUGCCCUACCCGAGGAUCGACGGCCUGCACAGCUACACGUACCAGGCCUUCGUCGAUGGCGUCAGCUCCUACCUCGAGAUGUGCGACAUCUCCGUGCUCUUCCACAUCCGGGGCAUGCCGCUGCACAGGCUUGAUCUGUACAAGAAAUGGCGACGCAUGCAGGAGGACGAGAGCGUCUUCGUCUACAGAGAAGGGACUCUGGAUCAGGCCACUUACAAUCUCUACCAUCUCCACCGUCGCGGCGGCGGCGGCAGCAACAGCGGCGACGGCGACUACAUCAACGUGAAAAUGUAUUAUGGGAGCGGCGAUGGGAAUGGCUCUUUGGUGAUUCGCGACAAGGGCAACAGUGCGCCGGUUAGCUGUCUCGUCCCUCUGAAGGACAUUAUACUUUGACGGCGGCGGCGGCGGUCGGUGAUCCGGAGUUGUUUUUAUGAGUGUAGGAAAGCGAAUGAAAUCGCUCUCUUGUUUAUUUUCUUUUUGUCUUCUCUUUUCUGCGAGGUACAUGGCUAGUUUUUGGUGAAAAAUAUUGGAAAGGCUCCGUUUGUUUGUGGGAGAACUACAGUAGAGGCCGGUUGC